AUGCCUACCAUCUUGAUUUCUGGUGCAGCCUCUGGUCUGGGACGCGCAUUUCUGGACUCAUACUCGAAUGAUGGAUCAAACAAUGUUAUAGCCAUCGACAGGCAACCCAUCGAGCUCUCAGUCUACCAAAAUCAUGCAGCGACCAUACAGUCACAUAUUGUCGACGUGACAGACGAGAGAUCCAUCAACCACCUUACCGCUAUGCUGAGCGACACACCAAUUGAUCUGUUCAUCCACAGCGUGGGUGUCCGUGGCUUAGUCCCUGCUAUCGAAGAUGUUCAGCCUGAAUCUGUAGCUGCCGCCGAAACCCUGGAGGUCAUGGACUUGUCGACCUUGAUGCACACCUUCCAAGUAAAUGCUGCUGGCACUUUUCUGCUCAUUCGAGCUCUCCUCCCAAGCCUCAGACGGGCAAACGCCGCAAAGGUGAUCAUCAUGUCUUCGCGAAUGGGAAGUGUUGGUCACAACACCACGGGCUCUGCCUAUGCAUACCGCGCGAGCAAGGCCGCUCUCAACGCUAUGGUCAAGAGCUUCAGUAUAGAUGUACCCGAAGUUGUAUUCGUACUCUGUCACCCAGGUCGCGUAGAAUCAAGACUAGUCAAGUACAAGGAAGAUGGUGCUAUCAGUGCACAAGAAAGUGUUUCUGGAUUGCUCCCACUUGUAGAAAGCUGGAACAAGGACGACAGUGGCCACUUUUACGACAGAUUUGGGCAACCUAUCGUGUGGUAG